AUGAAGGAUUCUCGUAGGGCCUUCAAAAUCAAACUCAAAUGGUGCCAAGACAACGAAGAACAGAUUAAAAUGGACAUACUAGCAACGUCAUAUAAGAAUAAACACUUUGGUAAAUUUUGGCAACAAACAAACAGACUGAAUGCAAGGCCGAGCCCGAGCGUUGAAAUAGGGGACGUGAGCGGUUGCCGAAAUAUAGCUAAUAUGUUUAAGACUCAAUUUAAAGUGGAGCCUUGUGAGGUCAACUGCACAGUGGCUGACAGUGGGGGCAUUAAGAGCACCGGGGAGUGCUUGCUACGUUUCAAAACUAGCGAAGUAGUAGAAGCGAUUAUGAGCAAGAAGCGUAGAAAGUCACCUGGCCAUGAUGGCCUUAGUGUUGAGCAUCUGCGGCAUGCUGGCGUGCACCUUCCAAAAGUCCUAGGCUGGUUCUACAAUAUUUGUGUUAGCCAUGGUUUCCUGCCGGACUCGAUGACUAGGACAGUAGUCGUGCCUAUUAUCAAAAUUAGGACAGGGGAUGCGGCAGACAGAACCAACUACAGACCUAUAUCUCUUGCUACCAUUACAGCUAAGGUUCUUGACAGUUUGCUUGAUACGCAGCUUUGUAAAGCAGUCAAUAUACAUGAUGCGCAGUUCGGCUUUAGGCGAUGCUACAUCAAAGAAACUUUGGCCUCGCUAGCUCAUAGUCCGAACCAAUUAGCUUUUAGUGGAGUAACUAAUACGCUUUACUUCAGCUUUGACUCAGGCCGGGGAGAGUAUCUACCGGUCUCAUUCAAUAUUGACACUAAAAAGCUAACCAUUUUGAAAGGUAUUAAAGAUGCUUUUGCCAUAGCCAGCGAUUCAGCAAACGAAAUCUACUUCGGUGGCAGUCACGGCAUUUACAAAUACAGUCCAAUUUCGAAGAGCCUCAAGAGGUUAGGUGUGAGUAAUUUAGAUAUUUGGUGGAUCCAAGUGAAAGCCAAAAUCUAUUUCAUCAAAUUUCCAAGUCUGAAAUUGUACUUUUACGAAAAUCGUAAAAUAAAAUCGGUUUCACAGCUGAGAAAUUCCAUCGUUAACCAGUUCGUGAUCGAUUCCGAUGACAACAUAUUUUUCAACAACAGUACUGGUCUGUUUGGUGUUCGAAAUGGUUCAAACAAUGUUGUAUUUAUGAAAAGAGAUCCUAAAUUUUACGGUAUGGCCCUAGACAAUACAGGGCACGUGUAUCUUUGCUGUGAAGAUGGUGUCUACGUUGUUGGUAAAAUGUUACAAAGGGUGAAAAAAAUUUUGAAUAUCCAGGGCAUACUAGGUAUGGCUUUUGAUAAGGAUAAUAAUCUUAUCUAUUCUGAUUCACAUCAUAUAGUUCGACUCAAAUCUCUUUCGAAGGAUGAUAACAUUUUUGAUAAUAACAUAAAUUAA